UCUCCUUUGUGAAUGUUGGAACUGAGCAUCAUAUUGCUGCUACCUUAUUACGGCUUGGGUUGUUUAAAAACAUUCAGUAGUUUGAAAUUUUAAUAUAUGCAUUUUUCUUUAGAAGCAAUAACCUUAGGUGAUGCAUUUAAUGCGAUCUUUCUUUGAUUUCAUUGAGCAGGUUCAUAACAAACUAUUGACACUUAUAGCAAUCAUUUUAGAGUUUGGUGCACUAAUUUGGUAUGUUGAACCACUUACAUACUCUUCCAUUAUGAAUAUAUCUUCUAUUUAAUCUCACUCACACCACAUUGGAAUUUGAACCUUCAAGGAUUAAAAUGAUUAUGUUUCAUUUGCUUGGGCAUUUGGACAUGCGAGUUUGGUUACGAGCUGCCUUGACCUAUAUAUUAACAGUAAAUUUGUACUCUAUUUAAGUGUUAUGCUUCAUCACCUCUACCUCAUGAAAAACCCACAUCAUUAAUUACAAAGCCCUGCUUCAAUUUUUUGAUUCUGACUUUACAUUUGCACCAUUUAGUUUUUAUUUAAGGAAGUGUGAGGCAAUUCAGAUACUCUUGGAAACAAAUGCUCUGGACACCACCAGCUCUGCCUUCUGCAUGGAAUCCAUCUCAAAAGGGUGUUCAGCACAGUGCCAUGGAGUUGAGGCCUCAACUCUCAGCUACUAGCUCAUACACUCUAUGGUUGCAGUUUGGGCUUGGGCAGCUUCAGAAAGUUGAGUCAACAAGUUGUAGGAUAUUCCUAUGUGCUAGCCAGAGAUCUGGACAUUAUCAAACUGUAAAGAAACAAAAAAUCCCCAAAAUGUGGAUCUUCCACCUGUACUACCUAAGAGAAAGAAGAAGCCUUUUCUCAUUCCAGGAGAGAAGAUGA